AUGAGUGAUAAACACAAAGAGUCCUGCUGUCUGGUCUUAAAGGAGGAGUUCCAGCGCUCCAAGUUCUCGCUUGAUUUCGAGGAUCCCGGAAUCUUUUUUCGCUCGCAAUGGCAGAAGGGAAAUCGGAAUUUAAUCUGGGUCUUGUAUCGAUGGAUUCUGGCGGCUUUCUUUGCCGCUGGAGUCAUUGGCAGCAUGAUGCAGGAUUUUAAUGGCGGCCGAUGGUUCAUAUUCCUCACGGAUUGGGGAUUUACACUGUGCUUAUUUACCUGCACUUAUGGCGCUGUUAUCGCCACCAUUUACUACAUUAAUCCAUCUUAUUUUGCUGCUGGCGAUCGGUCUCUGAAGAUUUACUGGAUCUCACACUAUACCACUUCAGUGCUCUCCAUGUUAAUAACCACGGUCUUCUGGGCUGCACUUUCCAACACCAUGCCAGAAAUAGCGGGUGAACUGUACAACUUGUGGUGUCAUGCGUUCAAUUCGAUCUGCAUGGUGUUUGAUUGUUUUAUGGUGGCUUAUCCCAACCGUCUUAUGCACUUUAUAUAUCCCUUCUCCGUUGUGCUUAUCUUUUUGGUGCAUUCCUUAAUUUACUAUUGGGCUGGAGGAACCGACAUGGACGGGAAUCGUUUUAUUUAUUUCGCUUUGGACUGGGCACGUCCUGGCCUAGCGAUUGGAUUUGUUUGCGCUGCCUUGUUCCUAAUCUGUUGUUUCGCCUUUGUGGCCUUUGGAAUUUACCGAUUAAGGAUUGCGAUGUACAAGUGCUGUGUAAAAGAACAGGAGGAAACAGCAGCGCUAAAACCGACUCCCAAGCAAUCAUCUCUAGCUGUUUAGUUUAAAUUCAAUAAUUUUAAUCGGUUUCAAAGCCAUA